AUGAACUCCCCGAGCGCGUGCGAUGCGUGCGGCAAGAAGUUCAAAGUGUUUGUCAUCAAGAAGAAGUGCAAGCACUGCUCGGACGUCGUGUGCAAAGCCUGUCUGGCCGUCCACCUGGAGCUAAAGCACACGCGCGUAAAGAGGUCGCCCCGGGAUCUGAGACAGCGCGCGUCGUUUGAGAUGUUUGACUUGAUUGACGACAACGAGCGGGAAAGGCCCCAGUCGCUGUCGGCCAUGGACGCUGUCGAUUCAGAGCUGGAGGACGCAAAUCCGGACGGGGUCAAGGACGAAGACGCGAGUGGAGCGAAGCGCGAGGAGGACGGCGACGUCGAUGACGUUGAGGAAUCCAAAACGGUGAGGAUGACCACGCUGUCGAGGCAGUCGUUGACUGAAGAGAAGAAGACUUGUUACAGAGAGCUGCAGCUGAUUCAGGAAGCGGUGGCUGAGUGGACCAUCAAGGAGAUGAGGAUCAAGCAGGAGAUGCGGCGCGUCGAGGAGGGCGGCUACCGUGUAGCCAUUGCUUUGGCAUUUUCCAAGAUGUGCGGCGGCGAAGAACCCUGCCUUGCUGUUACUGUAGGGUAUGCUGUUGCGGCUACGGUGGGAAUUUGGACUCUCUUCGGACUGCUGUUCUCGGGCUUCGUGUGA